UCCAUAUGUCACCCGUAAUGGCCGCCUCCAUGUUGUAGCAUGUUUAUGUUUUGGUUGGGAACGAAAAUUGCAAUACAUUUUGAGAAGCAGUCGAUCUGACACUUUAAAAUGACUUCUCUGCUGGAACCAAGCGCUGAUGAAGCCCAGAGCCUGUUGAGUCGAUUAAUGUUAGAUACGGAUCCUGCAGCAGGCAGUCCUAUGGGGGGAGACCUUGUAAGCCAGCCGGAGGGGCCAGGGUACACCACACUAGUACCUAAACCAGGAUUCUGUGUGAAAAUGAAGACAGAGAAAAAUGACAAAAUCUUCAUCAAUGUGUGUGUCUCAGAUAACGUACCAGAACCGAAAGACCUGACAGAGGCAGAGUUGAUACAGCUGCUGGAGUCUGACGACCCGACUGGGUUCCGGAUACCCAUGUCUAUUGGAGAACCACAUGCAGAGAUGGAUAAAGGUGGCGCUGGGUGCACGGCCUAUGAUGUCAUCAUCCAUCCCUCGUUCCUGAAGAAGCUAGAAAUCGGCAAGCUGUUCCUGGCGUUCUUCAUCCAGGUGACCCGUGAGGGUAUUGAGGGGAAGUAUGACGUCCAGCUCAACCAAGAGUAUGUGGUGUUGAAGAACCGCAAGUCUAUCGGUCAGCUACAGGAACAGAAUGUGCGCACCAAGUCCAAGCCCUUCAUCAUGGACAUGGGAGACGGGGCCCCCCAGACACCCGCUCCCACCCCCCAGGCCAAGCCCCUGGUGCAGGAGAUACCCACUACUGAAGUCAAGAAAGGCCCAGAACCAAAGUUCACAUUAGUCCAGGAACCAGCGGAGGGCCACCCUGAAUUCAUAGUGGCCGAAAUCCAGCUCCCAAAAGUUAAGACGGCCAGCACACUGACCCUGGACGUGGGGGAGGACCGUGUGGUGCUGGACACUCGCUCCAAUGUCUACUACCUGGACAUCUACCUGCCAUACAACGUCGUCCAGGAGGAGGUCGGCUCACAGUUUCACAGGAAGAACAAGAUUCUGACAAUCACUAUGCCAGUACAGCCCUUGUCAUAGCAGCCACUACACGACAUAAUGUUUCAACACUGAUAGAACAACACUAUCACACUAUGGUGAUGACAGUGUGCCACAAGAGUAACCUCUCUAAAACAGGUUCCAUGUGAGUGACGUGUGUGACAUGAGGUGACUCUCUGCAUUCCUUCCCCUGUGAUAGAAUAAAAUGGAAGGAUGGAACUCAACGGAAGGGUUGUCCUCAGUUCCACAUUGAACAGUUUUAUUCAUUAUCUAUUUAUGAAUAUUUGUGUUAUGUUUUGUAAUAAAAUUGAAAUAAAAAGGUGUGUGGGGGAGACAUCAA